CCCACAUGUAAGCAUGGUGUCAUAGACAGUGCCGCCUUACUCUCAAACUUGUCAGUGAAGCUCCAGAGACAGCACUAACAGACUGCAACUGAGGUGCUCCCGUGCUCUUUCUAAGUGGCGGAUUUGAUUGAGCAUAUGGUUACUGUUAUAACCUAUUGCACUGAGUUUACUGCAGCUUUCAAGAAAAGACAAAAGACUUCCAGUGUCACAUUUACAGCCUGAAAAUGAGCUGUACAAGAGUUCUUCAUGCCUUUAGUCAUCCCCAGCACGCUGUGAAUCCAGUUGAAAUGGCUAAGUGUCUGAGCCUCAGGCAGGAGCAACAACUUUAUGAACUGUUUUCCAUGUCGCACCUGAAAUCCACAAAGCCUCCUUGUAAGCAUACUGACUAUCCAGUGAAGACCACUUAUCCGUUAUCACACCCAUCCUUGCCUUCCACUUCAUCUUUACCAUCACAAUUGUUGCCCUCCCCUCAUUCACCACCAGAAAAUACUCGGAGCUGUUUACGCAAGCACAUCAGCAGAGAAAUCAAGAAGCAAGUUGUGUUUGCAGAUGCCAAAGGAUUUGCACUUACUGCUGUGCGUAUGUUUAUUCCUGAACCUUUGUCUCCCACUUCUACCCUGGUGAUGAGACCCUCUCCAGCCAAACUGGAAGGCCAGCAGUCAACCUCAGAUAAACUGAAUCCCUACAAGUUGCGGUUGGGUUUCCCUCAGCCGGCCCAGGACCAGAAAGCCUUUCUUGCACGUUUGCAAGAUAUGAAAGUACAGCUGGAAAGCUGCAACAUUUCUGAGUACGCCUUAAGUGGUAAAGUGUUUGUUGCCCAUGUUGCUACUGAAAAGGAUGUGUGCAUAAGGGUGACCUUUGACUCCUGGCGCAGCCAUCGUGACAUUCCUUGCACAUUCUUGUGGCAACAUCGCUGUGGGGGGUCUGAUGUGGAUGUUUUUGGCUUCAACUUAAGCUUAACUCACAACAUGGAUCCAAGGGAGCGAAUUGAGUUUUGUGUGUCUUUCAGACCAGGGCCUUGUGCUACACUACACUGGGACAACAACGGGGGGCAAAAUUACAGAGUUUGGAUGGAAAAAGAAAGAUCAAAUGUCAACCAAGGCAACACUAAUCGUUCUUACCCCACAUUUUCAAAGCACAGGUCACUGUCGUGGCCUUUACAGAAGUCGAUCAGUGUGCAGAACUACCCUGAUCUACAGUAUAUUCAGAAGACUCAGGGAAGACUGGAAAACGGGUCCAAAUUGAAAUCACCCAAUACCCUCUUCACAGACUUGAGAAAUAUUAUUUUAACUUAAAAUAUUUAAGAAACAGUGGCUUUAGGGAGGGGUACAUGCUUAUGAAAUCUACUGUGCUGUAUAUGUCUGCGCAGAUUCCCAGUCAUCCAGGACAUGGUGGUCUAAGAAGCUUGCAAAGAAAGCGACUGGACUUCUUUAAGUUUUGUGAAGACAUUUUCAUCAAGAGACUUCUUCAAUUCUGAAACUAAAUGGUGGAGAGUUACUUAAACCUAGUGGAGGUUUUCAGUGGACAGUGCUGGUUGAUCUGUAAUAUACCCUUGAAACAAUUCAAACAUAAUGCACCUCCACCUCCUAAGCUUAACUUCCCUUUUGAAAUGUGAAAACUUGUCUUACUUGAUAUUUUGAUUAAAAUUAUUUUAAAAUAUA